AUGUCGUCGGCCGGCACCCAGCGUGGCACUCCCAAGAGUGCCCGUCCCCAGAGCGUGUACGCCGAGAGCUCUGGCAUCCCUCGACCCAAGCUGGAGUCGACCGUGAGCGAUGCACACACCUCGCUCAGUGCCAGUAGGGCAAAGACCUCCAAGCGCGAUGAAGCUCUCCGGACGAAGCUCGAGAAAGACCUCAACAAGAAGCGCAGUGGAGCUGGCAGGGCUCGCCAGAACCGCAAGGCACCCCCAGGCACUGUCCUCGCCCUCAAGCCGAACCAAGCGCUUCAGAUCAAGCCCAACACUACGGUCACCGAGGCCGCCCAGUUGAUGGCUGCAAAGAGAGAAGACUGCGUCCUAGUAACAGACGAUGAUGAGCGCAUUGCGGGUAUCUUCACAGCCAAAGAUCUGGCAUUUCGAGUUGUGGGAGCUGGGUUGAAGGCGAACAAUGUCACCAUUGCCGAGAUCAUGACCAAGAACCCACUGUGUGCGAAGACGGACACAAGUGCCACGGAUGCCCUCGAUCUUAUGGUCCGCAAGGGGUUCAGACAUUUGCCAGUUAUGGACGAGAACCACGAUAUCUCUGGUAUAUUGGAUAUCACAAAGUGCUUCUACGAUGCAAUGGAGAAGCUCGAGCGUGCCUACAGCUCGUCGAAGAAGCUAUACGACGCUUUGGAGGGUGUCCAGGCCGAGCUGGGCUCAAGUCAACCGCAGCAGAUCAUUCAGUAUGUGGAAGCUGUCCGACAACGCAUGUCUGGUCCUACGCUGGAGUCAGUCCUGAACGGCCUUCCGCCAACUACCGUGUCUGUUCGAACAAGCGUCAAGGAAGCCGCCCAAAUGAUGAAGGAGAACCAUACCACUGCCGUGCUGGUGCAAGACCAAGGCCAGAUCACUGGUAUCUUCACGUCGAAAGAUGUUGUUUUGCGUGUCAUUGCGGCCGGUCUGGACCCCGGUACCUGCAGUGUUAUCCGUGUAAUGACACCACACCCCGACUUCGCCCCAAUGGACAUGAGCAUCCAGCAGGCUCUGCGGAAGAUGCAUGAUGGCCAUUACCUCAACUUGCCUGUCAUGAAUAAGGAGAGCGAUGAAAUAGUUGGCAUGGUCGAUGUGCUGAAACUAACCUACGCCACGCUGGAUCAGAUCAAUGGUAUGGCUACUGGCGAUAAUGAAGGCCCAGCAUGGAACAAGUUCUGGAUGUCCAUGGAUCAUGGCGAUACAGAGUCCAUGAUGUCUGGCGAAGGAAGCCACAGCCAUGCGCCACAUACGCCCGAUAGGUCCGGUAUGAUCUCGCCUGAGCUGUCACACCGUCCUGGUAUGGACAGAGGCGGCAGUGUUCUGCCCACCGAUUCGGCUUCGCACAAUGGCCAACCCGAUAUGGAUGAGGCGUCUGCAUUGGCUGGUGCAGUCGAGGAUACUCCAUUCACCUUCAAGUUCAAGGCUCCGGGCGGCCGAGUUCACCGACUACAGGUUGUCGCUUCAGCUGGCCUCGCUGAGCUCAUUGGUGUUGUUGCCGAGAAGCUGGGUCACGAAGCCGAUAGCAUCGGAGGAGUGCCCACCUUCGGUGAGGGCAAGCUCAGUCACACAGGAUUUGCUCUUAGCUAUCUGGAUAACGAGGGCGACACUGUCUCUAUCACUACCGACCACGAUCUGCUCGAGGCUAUCAUGAUUGCUCGACAGGCCCGUAAAGACAAGGUUGACUUGUUUGUGCACGAUCCGGAAAAGCCAGCGAUUCCCUCGACUCUAGACCCUCAACCAGCCAUCAUCCCCCCAACUCCUCCAGAAAGCCACGUUCGACACCGAAAGCGAUACGAAGAUGACGAAGAGGAAGACGAGGAAGAUGAAGGUUCACCUAGCCAGCGCCGCAGAGAGCGACGAGCAGCCGCAGCUCAACCUGCGAAAGCUCAGGAUCAGAUCAUUCAAGGUGUGCCGAACGAGUUGCUCUUGCCAGGCGCAAUCGUCAUACUGGGUGCUGUCAUCGUCAUCACAUUCACCCUUGGACGCUCUAGCAGAUGA